AAAUUUAGGCGUUGAAAAAUUUUCGAAUUGUCCUGCUUGUUUUGCCGUAGUCAUACAACAGUAUCCUAGCAACCAGAACAGAGACCCGCUGAACGUCAGGCGGUGGCUUAAACGACAAAGUAGCAGCUUUUUUUUUUUUUUCUAGAAAAACAGUUGCACAUUUAAGCUACAAAUAACUAUUGGCGACACGUAGUGUUUCGUAUAACCCCGGUGUUGUUAACAAAUACUACCAAACAGUGCUUCGUUGACGGGUUCCAUAGUAAUUGUAGCAACAGGUUACAUUAGCUUGUAUGAGCUAAUGUUAGCAUCCAGGUGCAGAUGGAGCAAACUUCACACCCUCGUAUUUAUGUAGAAAGAACACUGGCCAUUAUCAAACCAGAUGCCAUUCACAGAGCUGAGGAGAUUGAAGAUGUUAUCCUCAAGUCGGGCUUUACCAUCUUGCAGAAGCGGAAGGUGCAGCUGAGUCCAGAGCAGUGCAGCGACUUCUAUGCAGACCGGUAUGGAAAGCUCUUCUUUCCCAACUUGACAGCCUUUAUGAGUUCUGGCCCCAUCCUGGCCUUGACACUGGCUUGCGACAAUGCUGUUGACCACUGGAAGUCCAUCAUAGGCCCUGUCAACAGCAGCAAGGCCAGAGAAACUCACCCAGAUUGCCUUAGAGCUAAAUAUGGCACUUCCGACCUGAAAAAUGCACUACAUGGUAGCGAAUCAUUUGACGCAGCUGUGAGGGAGAUCAAAUUCAUGUUCCCAAACUCUGUAAUUGAGCCGUUUCCUUCACGGGAAUCAACCAGAGAAUACCUGAGCAGGUAUGUAAACCCAGUUCUGCAAUGUGGACUUACCGAGCUCUGCAAGGAAAAGCCGCUCAACCCCUGUAUUUGGCUUGCUGACUGGCUGAUUAAAAACAAUCCAAACAGUCCUCAAAUAUGUGAUGGAGCCAUUGUAGAAGAGCAAGAGUGACAAGAGAGGAACAGGGAAAAAGAAAGACGAAUAAAUAAUACAUAAUUUCUAUUUUGUUUUUCUUUUUUGAUAAAUUCAUUUGAAAUAAAAUCAAUUUUAAAAACUG